AUGAAAUCACGCGAUGUUUUGAGUAGUAAACAACGCCGUUUAACAUAUUUCACACAAUGUGGAGCUUGUAAAUGUCCCGGAUUUCAACCGGUUGUGGAAAAAGAGAAGAAGAGAGCGGUUUCGACACAUGAAUUGGAUACUUUUAAAGAUUCACGGAAUCUACAACACGAUUUGGAAUAUUUGGAAAGUAAUGAGACUAUUGAAUGUCAAUCUUGUGGACAUUCGAUUUGUGAGUUUUUUUUGAAGGGCUUUUCCUUUUUUUCAAAAAUUAUACAAUUUUUUCAGCUUCCCACGCUGAGAGACUACAUUCAAUGCCAAAUGAAGAACUAAACCUAUACAAUCGAAAAAUCGACGAUCUUCUAAAAUGUUGUCAAUUAAUCGUGGAAACCCCAGAAACCGAACCGCUCCAAUUAAAAGUGUAUUAUAUAACCUAUCAACUUCUCAUAAGUUCCCUGCGCACCAAGAAACCCACAGAAUUUGUGACCUUCGAAAAGAAACCGAAACCUCAAAUCGAAAUGACACCGCAUGCAAUUGUUCGAAAAUUUAUUGCAUCCAAAUCUCCGGAAACAUCGAAACAAGCGAUUGGAACAUCUUUUCUAUCAGAGCUGAAUUUUUGGAAUUUACCGGAAUAUAAUGUGUAUUGUGAGACAACGAAUGAGCACGUUGAACCGGGAAGAUAUUGUAUUAUUUAUUCGCAUAUCGAGUUUUAUGUGUCGAUUCCUUCGAAAUUCAAAACAUUGAAACAAUAUCAAACAGUUGAAAUUGCUGAUGAAAAAUUCAUUUUGCUAUUUUUAAAUUUCUUGAUAAGCGCGAUUCAAAAGAAGAUCUACAAACCGGCGAUUUUAACACAAAAACGAUUUGAGGAACAACAAACUGCGCUGCUCAAUUUCUCGAAGGAUUUGAGAGAAUUUAUUUUGAAUGGGGAGAAUAUUGAGACAUCGAAUCGAGUUACGAGAAGAGAUUCGAUAAAUGAAACAAAUAUUGUGCUAAAAUACGAGAAACGAGGGAAAACCAGUAGAUUUGUGGAUGAUAAUUUGGAUCCAGAAGAGGAAGAGGAAGAAGAAGAGGAGGAGGAUGAAGAGGAAAAAGAGGAGGAAGAAGAAAUAAGUGAGGAAAUACAAGAGGAUGAUGAAGAAGAAGAGGAGGAAGAGGAGGAAUUGAAACCGCGUAGAAGAACACGAGAAUCAUCGAAUCAUCAAGGAACUUCUUCAAAAUCGAGUGGUGAAAAUGAUAUUGCGCUGAAUCAGAUCAAGGCGAUUGUUGAUCUUGUUAACUCGGUAAGGUUUUUUUGUGGGAGGUUGAAAAUUUUGAUGAAAAAUUUGGGGCAUUACGGUGCGAUAGCAUAAUUCAAAUUGUAGAAUUUCUAUUCUUGAAUUCUUGCAACAGUACAUUUUUUCAAUGUUUUUUUUAAUUGCAUCAAUUGAGUGAUCGAAUUUUUCGGGAGAUAAAAAUUGAGAAACAUUCCUAAAGUAAUAAAAGGUGAAUAGCAUUUUUUUGGAAUUUCGAGAUUUUCAUGAAUUUUUGAAACAGUAAAUUUUUUUCUUCAUAAAAUUUUGAUUCUGGCAAUUUUUUCAAGGUUUUUUUUUUCAAAAGAAGUUUUAGUAAAGGAUAAUUGAGUUUUUCGGGAGCGUGAAAAUCAUUUAUGGGUUUUUUGAAACAGUGAAUAUUUUCAAAUGAUUCGAGGUUGGAAGUUUUGAUAAAAAGUUGAGAAACAUUCCUAAAGUAUUUAGAGGAGAAUAGAAUUUUUUGGAAUUUCGAGAUUUUCAUGAAUUUUUGAAACAGUAAAAUUUUUCUUCAUGAAAUUUCAAUUUUGGCAUUUUUCGUUUCAAUCCCUUAUGGGGUGAUUCAGUCGAAUUAAUCGACGUAAAUUUGUCAAUUAAUUGACAAAAAAUCCGAGUCUUUUAGGGCGAUUAAUUUCACGUUUUGUCAAUUCCUCGCUUUCAUUUCUUGGCAAAAAAUGCGAUUAAUUGCAUAAAAAAUAGAAUUUAUCUGACUUAUAUUUUAAAACGUGACCUAUAUGAGUUGGAAUUAUCUACUAAAACUCAUAUUCUCUCAAUUUUAUUUCAUUUCGAAAUGAAUUCAAAAAAAUAAGCUGUGAAUUUGGGACACGUUUCAAAAAAGAGGUCAAAUAAAUUCUAUUUCGUAUCGAAAUUCAUCAUUUUUGAAUGCAAUGAAUUGCAAAAAAAGAUGGAUUUAAUCGACAAAAACGUGAAAAAAUCGCACAAAAAUGACUCGGAUUUUCUGUCAAUUAAUCGUUAAAAAAACGAAUUGAAUCACCCCUUUAUCGAUUUUUUUCCGAAAUUUGAAAAUUUAUUAUAGAUUCUAUGAAACAGUGAAUAUUUUAAAAUCAAAAAUAAUUUUAACAGAUCAUCAGAAGGCAUUCAUCAAUUUAUUUUUUUAGUUUUGAAUUUUUCAUGAAUUUUUGAAACAGUAUAUUUCUUAGGAAUAUUUUUUCCGCGAAAAAUUCAAAUUUUAUUAUGAUUAUUAUUCCAGGAACGCAACCCGGACACAAAAAUCGAUUCAAAAUCAAAAGGCGACAUCGAUUCAGUAUCUCUAGAUGUCAGUCGCGGUCAAACCGCAAUUCAAGAAGAACAAGAUGGUCUCAUCGAAUUUCGAGUCAUCGGAAAUAAUUUGGACCCGUUUCAAGAUCGCGAAAAACUUGUGCAACUUGUUCAAUUACAAACAUUGUUUAGUGUACAAUUGCCAAAAAUGCCCAAAGAAUAUAUUACGAGAUUGGUUUUUGAUGAGAGACACAAGAAUAUGGUGCUAUUGAAGAGAGGUGGGAGAAUUUUUUUGGAAUUUUUCGUCAAACCCGAAAAUUCACUGUUUCAAAAAUAUAGCAAAUAAUUUUGCGAAAAUUUGAGUUUUUGAUUAUUGUUUCUUUUAUAUAUUCAACUCAAAUAUUUGCAGACAAAGGUGUAAUUGGUGGAAUUUGUUUCCGUCCAUUUCCAACUCGCGGAUUUGUCGAAAUCGUAUUUUGUGCAAUCACAGCAAAUGAACAAGUCAAAGGAUAUGGAACACAUUUGAUGAAUCAUUGUAAAGAUUAUCAAUUGCAGAAUAAAAUUAUGCAUUUAUUGACAUUUGCUGAUGAAUUUGCUAUUGGAUAUUUUACGUGGGUUUUUUGGGGGGAGGAUUUUGGAAAUUUCAGUAGAUCUAAAAAAUUUAGAAUCUGAUUUUAUUGAAUUUUGAAAUUUAGUUCAUGUUUGUUACUGGAGCGGAUCUGCUUCAUGUUACCAAAAAAAAUUGUGACAAACAUCCACGUGGAAAUUCAGUCUUUAAAAAUCGACUGUUCAAUGGAGCGCAUUUGAAUAUUCUAUUGAAAUUUUCAACUGAAAUCUUGAAUUUUUAUUCAAGACUUCUAUUGUCACUGGAGUUCACGUGGAAAAAUUGAUAUUUCAGUAGAGCGCAUUUGAAUAUUAUGUUCAAAUUAUGUUUCAAAACGCAUUUUUGUUACUGGAGCGCACUUUCUGUAAUUUACAAUUUUAAAAAAUACAGCGAUAAAAUCCACGUGGAACAUUUUUUUGAAAAAAAAAUCUGAUAAUCGAUAUUUCAGUGGAGCUUAGAUGAAUUUUCUGUUCAAAUUUUGAUUCAAAAUUUCUCAUUGUCUUUAGAGCGCAUUUGCUUUAUUUCUCCAAAAAAAUUGCGCUAAAAAUCCACGUGGAAAAAUCGAUUGUUCAAUAGAGCGCAGCUGAAUUUUCUGUUCAAAAACCCCGCAUUUUUUUCCAGCAAGCAAGGAUUCUCGAAAAACCUCGAAAUCAAUCGAGCACAAUAUCAAGGAUUCAUCAAAGAUUACGAAGGAGCAACACUUAUGGGAUGCCAACUACAUCCACAGUAUGAUUUUUUUUCCUGAAAUUUUAAAUUUUAAAUUUAAAAAAAUUCAAUCAUUUUUUUUCUAGAAUAAACUACACAAAAUUUGCGACUUAUUCGAAAAAUGUGCGAGAUAUUCAUCGUGCAUACUGUAAUGUGGCUGAAAUUUCCAACCUUGGUCGAAAAUAUGGAGGAUUGGAACAUGUUUUUAGACAGCGUAUGCUUUUUUUUCAUUCUGAAGAAAAUUUAAUUCAAGCUAACGUAAAAUCUUCUAGACACCCUCCCACUUUCGCCCAAAUUCAUCCCGGGACUCGAAAAAUUGCGAGCGAAAAAAUAUUGUGAAGCCGGAGAACUUGAUGAUGAAUUGGAUUAUAAAAUCAAUUUGAUAUUGAAGAAAUUGCGAGAAGACAAAUCGGCUUGGCCAUUUUUGGAGCCUGUGAAUGCACAAGAAGUUCCCGAAUAUUAUGAUUUUAUUAAAAAUCCGAUUGAUUUGAAAACGAUUUCAGAAAGAUUGAGAAAGAAGUAUUAUAAACAUGUGAGUUCACAGAUUCUCCAGGUUUUCAGAUAUGAAAUUUAUUCUGGGGCGUCCAAAAAUCAAAAAAUGAAAAUUUCACACCUGUCCAAUUUCUUUUCAAACUAAAUUUUUUUAUUCAAAGUUGUAUUAUAAUGAUCAGAAGUCAGUUAGCUACGAGUUUAUCAUAUUUUUUAUCAAAAUUGGACAGGCAAAAACACAAAUUGGACAGCUGUGAAAAUUUCAUUUUUUGAUUUUUGGACGCCCCAUUCUGGAAAAUUUGAACGUUCAAGUAUCGAUUGGAAAUUCUGAAACAGUGAUUCUUUAGAGACAUUCAAUUUUUCAAAAUUAAAUACCAGCAAUUUUCAUCAGCGAAUCUACAAAAAUUCUGAGCAUUUUUAUAAACUUUAAUUUUGAAACAGCAAGUUUUUUGAGAAAUUUUCCCGUUAUUUUUUGAAAAUUAAUUUGUUUUUGUAAAAACGGUUCUUGCUAACAGUGUAUGGGGAACAGAUUUUACUCGAAAAUUUUGGAUAAGGAGGCAUUGAAAAACUGCAUACUGUAAGUGUAAUACUCAAUGUCAGUUUUGUUGAACAAAAAUAUUUUUCAGAUAAAUAGUUCGAAUUUUUCGCAUGAAAAUUUCGAUUUUGAACUCGAAAAUUCGAUAAUCAACAUGCAGAUUUCAAUACAGGUUCUAAUUUACCUAUUGAAUAAAUAUACCAAUAAAUUCCAGUUUCAAUUGAUAACCGAAUUAUUGUUCCACUCGUGGUAUCACCGAUCAAGUCAAAUUCUUGAAACGUAUAUUUUUUCGGAAAUUUUCAAUAUUAAAAAAUUGUUUCCCCCAAGCCCCAAGCUUCAUCCAAGUAUUAUAAAAGUAAAAAAAUUUGGCAAAAAAAGAGAAGCCAGAAAUUCAAAUCCCAAUUUCCCCAAGUACGGUAUUUCUCUGCGUCACUAACACCGUUUCGAGACCACACCAUUGGGCAGAGAAACAAAGUCAAAGACGCACAUAUGGGUCUCGCAGCGACUGAAAGAAACACCGUACUUGGGAAGAGUGUCAUUUGAAUUUCUGGGCUCCGUUUUUUUGCCAAAUUUUUUUAUUUUGAUAAUAUCUAUCUAUUCUUAUUUUUCAGCAACAUUUAUUCAUCGCUGAUUUGAUGCGAAUGUUCUCAAAUUGUUAUCGUUUCAACGGACCGGAGACAAUUUAUUACAGUUGCGGGCAAGUUUUUUUUUGUGUAACUUUUGAAAAUGAUCCAUCUAUUUUUUUGCAGAUAUAAAUUGAAUGAAGUCGGCUACAAAUUGAUCAAAGCGCAUUUUCCGGACAGUUCGAUGUUUCCCGAUUUGCCCGACAAAAAACCCGAUUAUCAAGGAUAA